UCGGGCCGCGGCGACCAGGCCUGCGGAGGCGCCGAGACCCCAGAGCCGCAGUCCCCGCAGAAGCUGCAUGCCCAUGCCGGGAGCCCGGAACGAGCGGAAGGGGCCGACCCGCAGCGGCUGCGGUACCGGAUUCCGGCGAGCGACGCGGGCCCGGCGCGGGGAGGGCCGGGGGCUCUUCUCUGCGCUGCGACGCUCCGCCCCCGCUCCCGGCCGGGGCCCCGUGCAGCCUUUGGCGGCGCUCAGCAAUCUCCAGUGGCGCGGCCUUUACCAUCCAAGUUUGGAGGGAUGACAGUGUACACUGCCAAGAUAACUGGAUUGGAAGGGUUCCAGUUCAAGCGAGCACACUUUUCCUAUUCCUCCACCCACCUCUGACCUCCGACCUCCAGGGCCUGCUGCUGAAUUGGCAUAUUUGUUCUGCCAGGCUCCUUCUGUGUGAAGAGGAGAAGAGGAAGCACAAGAAGCAGCACCUGGUACAGAGCCCCAGUUCCUACUUCAUGGGUGUGGAAUGACCAGGACGCUAUAAAAUCACCACCAUCUUCAGCCAUGCGCAAAUGGUGGUUUUGUGUGUUGCCUGUUCCACUGUCCUCUGCCAGCCUACAGGGAAAAAAGCAAGGUCUACGGAAGAAUGCUCCUGUAGACAGAAGCAGCCCUGAAAGCACCCUGAACUAAGAAUAAGCUGUGACCAUGACUACUGAAGUGGGCUCCGCAUCUGAAGUGAAGAAAGAAUCUGACCAGUUAGGAGCAGAUGCGACCAAGGAGAAACUGAAAGAAGUAGCAGAAAAUCAGCAGAAUCAGUCAUCUGAUCCCGAGGAGGAAAAAGGUUCCCAGCCACCUCCUCCAGCUGAAAGCCAAAGUAGUCCACGCCGCCAGAAGAAAGAGAAAGAUCCAUCUGAGAGCAGGGGGAUUUCUCGAUUCAUACCCCCGUGGCUUAAGAAACAAAAGUCCUAUAACUUAGUAGUGGCCAAAGACGGAGGAGAUAAAAAAGAGCCUACCCAAGCUGCUGGGGAAGAGCAGAUUUUAGAUAAGGAGGAAUCUCUUCCUGAAGAAGAAAGGCAGGCCAAGGGUGAUGCUGAAGAAACAGCCCAGAGAAAACAACAGGAGAUCAAGGUCGACGUCAAGGAAGAGAAACCUGUGCCUGUUGAAGAAGUAAGUAAAGAGAGAGAAGAGGAGAAGGUAAAGGAAAUACAGGAGGACAAAUCAGAUGAAGCAGCAAAAAGGGAGACAAAGGAAGUUCAGACCAAUGAGCUAAAAGCAGAGAAGGCCUCUCAGAAAGCCACCAAGAAGACCAGAACUGUUCAGUGCAAAGUGACCCUCCUAGGUGGCACCGAGUACAGCUGUGACCUGGAGAAACGUGCUAAGGGACAAGUGUUAUUUGACAGAGUGUGUGAACAUCUCAAUCUCUUGGAGAAGGACUACUUUGGACUUGUGUUUCAGGAGAACCCUGAGCAGAAAAACUGGCUAGAUCCCGCAAAAGAAAUGAAGAGACAGCUGCGAAAUCUUCCUUGGCUCUUCAGCUUUAAUGUGAAGUUUUAUCCUCCUGAUCCUUCUCAGUUGACUGAAGAUAUCACCAGAUACUUCUUGUGCCUUCAGCUCCGGGAGGACAUUGCCUCAGGCCGCCUGCCCUGCUCUUUUGUGACACAUGCCCUCCUGGGAUCGUACACACUGCAGGCUGAACUUGGGGACUAUGACCCAGAAGAGCAUGGCAGUCAUGACCUCAGUGACUUCCAGUUUGCCCCUACACAGACGAAGGAACUGGAAGAGAAAGUGGCAGAGCUGCAUAAGACCCACAGGGGUUUAUCUCCAGCACAAGCUGAUUCUCAGUUCUUAGAAAAUGCCAAGAGGCUUUCCAUGUAUGGAGUCGACCUGCAUCAUGCCAAGGACUCAGAAGGCGUGGACAUCAAGCUGGGCGUGUGUGCUAAUGGGCUUCUCAUCUACAAAGACAGACUGAGAAUCAAUCGUUUUGCUUGGCCGAAAAUCCUGAAAAUCUCCUAUAAGCGCAGUAACUUCUACAUAAAAGUUAGGCCAGCAGAGCUGGAACAGUUUGAGAGCACCAUUGGCUUUAAACUGCCAAACCAUCGGGCAGCGAAAAGGUUAUGGAAAGUGUGCGUGGAACAUCAUACUUUCUACAGGCUCGUGUCUCCAGAGCAGCCACCAAAGGCCAAGUUCCUGACCUUGGGGUCCAAGUUCCGCUACAGUGGCCGUACCCAAGCGCAGACCCGCCAGGCCAGCACCCUCAUUGAUAGGCCGGCACCGCACUUUGAACGCACUUCUAGUAAGCGGGUCUCCAGGAGCCUAGAUGGAGCUCUGAUUGGUGGUGUGGACCGAAGUCUUACGAAGGAUUUUCCUGGCCCUGCUGGGGAGGUUUCAGCACGUGGCCCUGGAGCUGUGAGCCCUUAUGUGGUACAAGAUGGUGAUGGCAGCAGGGACAUUAGAAGCCCAGCUAAAACCCCACACGUGCAACUCACUGAAGGAAAGGCGAAGACGGAAGAGGAGGAGACACAACUGGAGGAGAAAAAUUCCUUGAGAGUAGAAGGGGAUAAUAUUUAUGUCAGACAUAGCAAUUUAAUGUUGGAGGACCUGGAUAAGGCCCAGGAAGAAAUACUGAAACACCAGGCUAGCAUUAGUGAACUCAAGCGCAAUUUUAUGGAAUCCACACCUGAACCACGCCCUAAUGAAUGGGAAAAACGACGUAUCACACCUCUGUCCCUACAGACACAAGGGAGCAAAGGAGACCAUCUUUUCAAGGAUAUUUUAUCCAUGACGGAGAAGCAUCAGAUGGCGGCCGCAUGGACAGUUGAAGAGAAAUCAGCCCAGGAGGCAGACAAGAGCCUAGAAGAGGAGAUAACAUCAAUUUUGUUUAGUGAAAAGGGCUUUUCUGAUAGCGUGAAAGCCUCCUUCACCUCAGCCACCACUUGGACAGCAGAGGGCACUGUUGUGAACUCUAGUGCGCCUUCUGAAAAGCUUUCUUCCUCGCCCUUCUCACAGUUGCCUGAGAAAUGCGCUCCUGAGUCGGAAGGGCCUUGCGCCGGAGCCAGUGAUGCUGUUAAGAGUUCACUUGAGACUCUGAAUAUAGUGGAGGAGAAGAAGCAGGCAGAGGUUGGGAAAGACGAAAGAGUAACCCCAGCAGAGAUGAACGGUAAAGAGCCGUCCCCUGGGCAUGGUCCUGGGGAGAUGCGGAAGGUGGAACCGGGGACGCAGAAAGACCCCACCCCCCUGUCUUCUGAGAGCAGCAGCGAGAGCGAGGAGGAGGCGGAGGACGUGGGGGAGUACCGGCCCCACCGCCGAGCGCCUGAGGGCGCCAUCAGGGAGGAGCAGGGAGAGUAUGAAGAAGAGGUGGACGAGGCACCCGGCCCAGCAGCCAAGGUAGUAGAGAGGCAGGACCCGGUGCCAGCAGCCAGCGCGGUCACGCAAGCAGGUGCCAGUGUCGGCACAGUAGAAACAGUGACCCAGGAAAAGGGAGCGGGCCCCCAGAUCCCUGCCGAGAAGAGUGUAAACGAAGGCGCUGUUAAGCAAGACGUGAGCGAAGAAGCGGAGGACGAGCAACAGAAAGUUAACGGAGACGUGGCUCCCGUUGACAUUGAUGUUUUGCCACAGAUUAUCUGUUGUUCAGAGCCACCAGUGGUAAAAACAGAGAUGGUAACAAUUUCUGAUGCCUCACAAAGGACAGAAAUCUCCACCAAGGAAGUCCCUAUUGUCCAAACUGAGACCAAAACCAUCACAUAUGAGUCUCCACAGAUUGAUGGCGGGGCUGGUGGUGACUCGGGCACGUUACUGACUGCACAGACCGUCACAUCCGAGUCCGUGUCGACGACGACAACCACACACAUCACCAAGACUGUAAAAGGUGGAAUAUCUGAAACAAGAAUUGAAAAGCGCAUCGUGAUCACGGGAGAUGCAGAUAUUGAUCACGACCAGGCGCUGGCCCAGGCCAUCAGGGAAGCCAGGGAGCAGCACCCCGACAUGUCGGUCACGAGGGUUGUGGUGCACAAAGAAACCGAGCUGGACGAGGGGGAAGAGUAAGAAAUUCAUUUUAUAGACAACAUUCAACUUUGUGAACCUGAAAAAUUUUGACCAUUCCAAGUCUUAAUGUCACACCACUGCUCCAGCGAAUUUAUACUACGACUGGUAACAAUGGCCAGAAGCCUGAAGAAUUAAAAUGCCAACACCAAACCUUACCUUAACAGCUCUGGUCUAUACCGUCCCCCGCAUUUUAAUAUAUUAUUUUGUUUUAUAACCACUUCUAAAUACUCUUGGUUAUUUCUUUUCUUUGUUUUUUUUUUUUUUUAGUUAGAGAGUUUCGUUUUUUGUUUCCUGUUUACUUUGUGUACAACUACCUGCUUUCUGUGACUCAUUUUGAUCAAAUGAUAGUGAACAAAGCCAGCCCCAGCUGGUAAGGUGCUGUUCACUGGAACAGGUGCUGUUGUGCGGAAAGGAGACUCUGUGACUAAUUUCGAUAGUGGCUUUCCUUCUUCCGGAUGCUUCCCAUUGAGUUCGUACAAGUCAAUAUUUACAGAGUUCUCAGUUUGCAGUAAAUAUACUUGUAUGAGAAAAUAUUAAUGCAGAUUAAAGGCGUUUCUUACAUCGUGAAAAUUUCCUAAUGUUUGAGAAUUUCAUUGGGGCUAUUUUUUGAUAUUGAACCCUUUUGACUUUCCAGUACCGUGACUUUUUACUUGUAGCAGAAAGUCCGGGAAUCUCCAAACUGGAGAAUUAUGAUGAAGUUCACUGACCACGCACUGUGUUUAGAGGCCCUGUUGCACCACAGUGCCGAUGCUUCUCAGACACGGGCUCUUCGGCAGCAUUCCAGAAAUAGGAGGGGAGAGAAAGCAGUGUCUUCCCUCCUACUAAAAUAUUCAGGCAGCUUAAAAACCGUAGUGCUUUCUUUCUUAACAUGUCCAAAUUUCAGUGCUUUCCAUUAUUUGAACACUCGUGUAGAACACUUUGUAUUAAACCUCCUUGUCUCCAUGUAAAACUGACCUUUUGUUAUCGAGCAGGUGUAUCUCUUUCAGAUAGCGUGAUGAUCCACACAGGUGUGAGGUUGCCAGGGUGAGGAGUUAGGGCCUUGGUGGUUUUUUGACGGUUGUAAGAAGGCUACACCAUUUAAAGCUGACACCAGAGACCUGAUAGGGACUUAUUAACUGUAUUGAACAGUCUUUGCUUUGCUUUGGCCCUAUGUAUAGUUAUGACGCCAGAUUAGAUGCCUAGCAGCUUCCAGUUGUAUUAAAAGAUAUUUUGCUUUCUGUAAUACUGUUAUAAAAUAAAGUUUGUUUAUUCUCUAAA